UAAAAAUAAGAGAGGAUCAGCAACCAAAAACCAAGGAAUAACAGGAAAAAAACUCAAUUCCAAGCUAACACCCACCGUACCUGGAAUUACCAUAUUAAGUAAGAAAGAAAAAAAGCUCAAGCUUUUUUUCCCUCCAUCAUGAGCGCGGCGAUUGCUAUGGCCCCUUCCCCGGCUCCCCACGAUAGACCGGCUUAUGCUGAGUUGGCUCCUGCGGGUAACAGUUCCUCAACUACUACUGGAACUGCCGCUGCGCCGGCCUCAUCACCUUCCGUCCCACGCACUUCAGCUGCGGUUUCGGGCACCCCGAACACCACUGCUUCUACCUCUGCGACGCAACGUCCAACCAGCCGAAGUCCCACCAGAUCGGCUGCCCAGACCGCGGCAAAGUCUUCACCACCAAGCGCUUCGCGAAAUGUUUCGGGAAGUUCGGGACCAAAAAUUUUCGUGAAGAAGGAACCAGGAUCUCCAGACAUACCGUCCACUCGUCAUCGCCCUCGAAAGCUGGAUUUGUCCAAGAACACUCUCACUGGGUCAGGCGCUGCGACGGCACGCCCGGCGUUAGGAAGAGAAGGACUCGGUAUCCAGGAGGUAGGCAUAGCGUGCCUGUCGCCUGGUUUUGUCACUCAAGAUCCUGUGAUGAAGGAACAUCUGCAGCAGAGCAUGAAUGUCAGAGAACAACAACGCCGUAUCAUCGAGGCUAGGUUACAACAACAAUCCGCGAAGGGUGAUGGUCCUGAUAACGGCAAAGACAAGGACCCCGUCAGCCAAUUCUCUGCGAAGACUCCAGGAAUGUCUCGAAGGAAUAAAGCCCCUCCAGGGCUGAGCAUUGUAGCACCCUCCCACGAGCAGUUUGCCAACGAGCGAGUCAUCCAGUCCGCACCGUUGGGCCAAACAUUUACAGGCCGUCACAACCCUCAGCCGUUAACUCGGCAUCUUGCUAACCAGCCCUCAAAUCUCUCCAGCACAUCUCAUAUCCACCAUAUCCCAGCAAAUCAAACAGCUAACCGCCUACCGCCGAUAUCUGAUGUAUUUGGUGGACAAGGGCUCCCUUCGCAUGCGGAAUCAAGCCGUCAGAUCUUAUAUCCCGGCUCAAGUCAUGGACCGUUAGCAUCGCCUAGCCACCCGCCGCCGGCUCCUUCACAGCCACCCAUGUCAGGGCGGGGCCGAGAGUAUAAAUCGGCUGAGGAAGUACAGCACGAGUUAGCCGGUGGACGACCAGAGUUAUUACCCAAGCUCGUUCAUUACACUGGACACCAGCCCCCGACACCUCCGUCGCCCCGAAACGGAAUCAACCCUUUAGAUGCUGGCAGAGGCAUGAGCAAGCGAAGAACUCGUGCUGAGUACGAGGAAGGCAGCAGCCCUCCCCUGGGGCACGGUCCUGCUGCCACACGGAGAGGGCCGUUCGGAGCGGGACGUGAUAGCCCCGAAACGCAACGACAAAAGCGUGAAGAGUUUUUGAGGUUAUGCGAGAGAGCCUGGGAUUUGUUCCACUCAUGAACCUUGGGCGACGAAUCUUACCGCGGCGGAUCGAAUUGACAUUUCUUGCAGCCUGAUGACUUUACGCCACGGUAUGAAACACAUAACGGCCUGUUCGCGUGUACAUGCUCCGAUGAGGAAUUUUAUUUUUUUGGGAGGCAAUGUAUGCUUUUUGCUGAC